AUGUCUGACACUUCUAAAAUCACGCUCGUCUCUAAUGACGGCUGCCACAUCGCCGUCGAUCGCCUGGUCGCUGAGAAAUCCAUGCUCAUCAAGAACAUGAUCGAGGAUCUCGGAGAUGCUGCCCUCGAUACCGAUGUCCCCAUCCCCAACGUCAACGAAGCCGUCCUUAAGAAGGUCAUUGAGUGGUGUGAGCAUCACAAGGGCGACGCCGCUGCUACCUCCGACGACGACUCCGAUUCUCGCAAGAAGACCACCGAUAUCGAGGAGUGGGACCAAAAAUUCAUGCAGGUCGACCAGGAGAUGCUGUUCGAGAUCAUCUUGGCUUCCAACUACCUUGACAUUAAGCCCCUCCUUGACGUUGGAUGUAAGACCGUCGCCAACAUGAUCAAGGGCAAGUCGCCAGAGGAGAUCCGCAAGACGUUCAACAUCACCAACGACUUCACACCCGAAGAGGAGGAGCAAAUCCGCCGCGAGAACGAGUGGGCUGAGGAUCGCUGA